CUUCAGUGCAUUAUUUGCGGUGUGACAAAGCGCGAGCAAAGUGGCAUAUAAAUAAUAUGGAUUUCUUCAUAUAUAUUUUGAUUGGAAUUUUUGGCUUUAAAUUAAGCGAUGCUGUCUCUGUAUAUGAUGCCAACGGAAGCUUAAAUAUCAGUGCCAGUUGUCCGGAUUCAUUUUGUAUAUUAAGUGAUCGACUGGAGGCUUAUUCAGCAACUCCGGCUCUUGGAGUCCGGGAAUUGCACUUGACGAACUGCAGCCGCCAAUCGCUCACCUGGCGGGUUCUGAGUCUAACGCCCGGUCUUCGGACAUUGGUCAUCCGGAACUGUGCCUCCUAUCACAUCAGCAAAGAGAGCUUGAGGUCCGUGGGGAACCUCACCUCCCUGCAGAUGCAGCGCACUAGUCUCGGUGUCCUCCGGGAUGAGAUCUUUGCGACGGUGCCACGCUUGGAGAUUCUGGAACUGGGUCAAAACAUUAUACACACAGUGCACAUAGGUGCCUUCAAGGGCUUGUCCAGACUAAGAUUACUGGGUCUGCAGGGCAAUGGGAUUCAAGAGAUCCUAACGGGUACUUUUGUCCCCUUAAUGGAGCUAGUGCAUUUGGAUUUGAGCAGCAAUCAACUUACCAGCUUGCCACAAGAUAUCUUCGUGAAAAAUACCAAGUUACAAACCCUUCUUCUGAAUGGCAACCUAAUAAAGACUCUUCUCCCAGAAGUUCUUAGUUCUUUGCCCAAUCUUCGACUGCUCGACUUGGGACGUGCUGGUGCAUUGGAAAUUCUGACUCUGAACCUUCACAACAUCGAGCAUAUUAUCUUGGAGGGCAGUAGUCUGGCUAGUUUGGUCAUUAAUGGAGGCUUUAUGAGACUGCAUGCGGCAAACAAUGAGCUGAGUCAACUGCAUGUGGGAAACAAGAGCUCCGUCAUCGAAAUGGAUCUGCAUGGUAACUUACUGAAGGGUAAUGAUACCGCCAGCCUUCUACGGGGCAUGUGGAAUCUCGAGAGACUGGAUCUGUCGAAGAAUAUCAUUGAAGCACUGCCGAUACAUGGAGGUGGUUCGGAUGAUUCGGAUUUCCAGGAGCUGUUUCUCUUGCCCAGUUUAAAGUAUCUGAAUUUGGCCCACAACCGUUUGGUUAGUUUGCCUCCGGGUUCGCCAAUUCUCUCAUCUCGUCUCAAUGUUUUGGACUUGGCCCACAAUCUAAUCCUAAACCUGGAGGUAGAGGCAUUGAGAGGUCUGCCAGUUCUGGAGGGUCUUUUCGUGGAGGGAAAUCGCUUGAGGAACUUCGACUACCAGCUCUUCCAUCAGCAGCACGAGGAUCUCAAGGAACUGGGACUGCAUGACAAUGCGUGGGCACCUGGUUUAUACCGCAAAAUGUUCGUUUACCUCAACGAUCGAGGAGUUCACCUGAUGGCGGGGAUCCAGAAGAGCGACCCGAUAAACAGCAGUGCGGUGGACAUCGAUUGGCCGCCAACUGGGGGCCAAGUGGAUGCCCAGAAAAUGGAUCCACCGGGAGUGUCUGGCAUACAUCCUUACUGGACCCUCAGGGAUAUCCUGGCAUUUGUCACCCUUGUGGUGGUGAUGCUUAUUCUGCUGAUGAAUCUAUAUCACAUCCUGGAGGAAGAGGGCUGUCUAAGGAGAUUUCGCCGUUGGAGGAGGUCAAAUGUCUUUGGAGGAGGUUCUUCUUCGACUAGGAGUAGUGGACGCCGCCUCGACGAGCAGGACUCCGAACACAGCUCCAGUGAAUAGAUGGGACAAGCUGCCAAACAAGCUGCUCCGCAAACCAAAUAAACGCCAAUUUGAUGUCAAUUUAGCGCUAGCCUUUCCUCUUUUCCCGGCGUGUUGUGGCAAUAUCUGGUGCUUCCUUACUUGUUUGCAGCUAUCAUCUGCUACCCUGUACUUAUAAUUUUAACGGAGUAUGCUGUACUAAGAAAUAACUCUCGAAUGCAAAGGAUUUUUUAAAUAAUAUAAUACCUUUAAGUAAAUACAAAAGUUUAGAUUUAAUUUUGCUUCUUGAAAUUAAUCAGCUAUGUGAUCAAGCUUAUCAAAUUAAGUAUAUAUAUGUGAAUUUUAUAGGAAGAUCUUUUAUUAUAAACAUUUAUAUUUCAGUAACUCAGUUUUGUAAAAUUGCGCAUAAUCUUUUUUGUAAAAUCAGCAAUUUAUACAAAGGGUAUAACCUCUGUCACAUCUUCCAAACAGCAAGAUCUAUAUAUUUUGCAUAUGAAAUCUUGGCUACGAGAGGAUACAAACAGUGUCCAGACAGAAAGAAAAAUAAUACACUGAAAGACUUAUAAAAUG